GAAUUUCCGUUGACGUCACUUCAAAUGUCCAUAACAGGGCCGCAGCUAUCUGAGAGCAACAAUAACAAGCUGUCCCCAGUAACUUCAGCGCGGCGUCAACGGAACUGACAGUGCGAAAUUCCAUCGAGUUUCACAAAAUGCGGCUGUCGAAAUAAAUUCGGUCUCUGUUUGUUCGUCGUCCGAGUUCAAAAUCGGGUUAUAUUCGCGGUAACUGUCGCGUACCAAAGACGGAGGCUCGGCCGCAGGGGGAACAGGGCAGUUCGGGGCUGCAUCUGGGUCAGUGGGCCUGUCGGCCUGCUGUGAUAGAGGUUUUGCUCUCCCCACAGUGCCUCGUUGCGCCGGUCAUUGGUCUAUAGAAAUACAUUUUAACACCAGCAUAAACUGUGGUAACAUGCAGGCUAACGGAACAGGACAAGACCGAGAUUCAGAAGUGUCCUGCCACACCAUUGCGCAGAACGGCGAGUCGUCCUCCACGGGGGUAGCUCACUCUAACGGACUUGUGUCAGUGACCAACAAUGGAAACAAUGUGAGCAACAACAACAACGGAGUGACUGCCCAGUCUGCGUCUAACAACAGCAACAACACGUCGGAUGGCGUCAAAAAGAAGAAGCGGCUGUCCCAGUGUGAGGAGGAUGUUAUCAGGCUAAUAGGACAACAUUUACACGAUUUAGGUCUCAAUCAGACGGUGGACCUCCUGAUGCAGGAGUCUGGCUGCAGGCUGGAGCACCCAUCAGCCACCAAGUUUCGCAAUCAUGUCAUGGAAGGAGAGUGGGACAAGGCUGAGAGUGAUCUGAAUGAGCUGAAGGCAUUGAUGCUUUCCCCAAGUGCUAUUGUGCGGAUGAAGUUCCUGCUGCUGCAGCAGAAGUAUCUUGAGUAUCUGGAAGAUGGGAAGGUGUUAGAGGCCCUACAGGUCCUCCGAGCAGAACUCACCCCUCUCAAAUACAACACAGAGCGGAUCCACAUCCUGAGCGGGUACCUGAUGUGUAGUCAUGCAGAGGACCUGCGAACCAAAGCAGAGUGGGAAGGGAAAGGCACAAUAUCCCGAACAAAGCUCCUGGACAAGCUUCAGACAUACCUGCCUCCAUCAGUGAUGCUGCCUCCUCACCGCCUUCAGACUCUGCUGAAGCAGGCAGUGGAACUGCAGAGGGAGCGCUGCCUCUACCACAAUACCAAGUUGGAUAGUGGACUAGACUCUGUGUCCCUGCUGCUAGACCAUGCCUGCAGCCGGAAACAGUUCCCUUGUUACACUCAGCAGAUUCUCACUGAACACUGCAAUGAAGUCUGGUUCUGCAAGUUUUCUAAUGAUGGUACAAAACUGGCAACUGGCUCCAAAGAUACCACAGUCAUUGUAUGGCACGUGAAUAUGGAAACCCAGCAGUUGAAGUUAAUGAAGACCCUGGAGGGUCAUGCUUAUGGUGUUUCAUACCUGGCAUGGAGCCCUGAUGAUUCCUAUCUGAUAGCCUGUGGUCCUGAUGACUGCUCUGAGCUGUGGCUGUGGAAUGUACAGACAGGGGAGUUACGGACAAAGAUGAGUCAGUCUCAUGAGGAUAGCUUGACCAGUGUGGCCUGGAAUCCAGAUGGCAAGCGCUUUGUCACUGGUGGUCAGAGAGGCCAGUUCUACCAGUGUGAUUUGGAUGGAAACCUGCUGGACUCAUGGGAAGGAGUUCGGGUGCAAUGCCUAUGGUGUCUGAGUGACAGCCGGACCGUCCUCGCAUCAGACACCCACCAACGCAUCCGCGGAUACAACUUUGAGGACCUGACGGACAGAAACAUAGUGCAGGAGGACCACCCCAUCAUGUCUUUCACUGUUUCCAAAAAUGGAAGGUUAGCUCUGCUCAAUGUUGCUACUCAGGGAGUGCAUCUAUGGGACCUGCAGGACCGGGUGCUGGUGAGGAAGUACCAAGGGGUGACCCAAGGUUUCUACACCAUCCACUCCUGCUUUGGAGGGUACAAUGAAGACUUCAUCGCUAGUGGCAGUGAAGACCACAAAGUUUACAUCUGGCACCGACGUAGUGAGCUGCCUAUCGCAGAGCUCUCUGGUCAUACUCGCACAGUCAACUGUGUGAGCUGGAACCCCAUCCUCCCCGGAUUGCUGGCCAGCGCCUCUGAUGAUGGGACAGUCCGAAUCUGGGGACCCGCACCCUUUCUGGAUGUUCAAGAUGCAGAAGGACUCAGUGAAUGUUGCAGCAUGGACAGCUGAUGAUCUGCUGCUCUGAACCUGAGGAGAAUUAACACUCUACUUGAAUGGAUGAAGCAGGGAAAGCUUUGACGAUUGGACAGCUGCUUCCAAGUGGCGGUGCCAGUGAUGUUGUGUGUUUUCUGUGUCACAACAUAGGGAUGUCAGACUCAUUGAGAUUUGAGUCGACCAGGUGAAGUUUGGUUCCACAACCUACUCCAUCCAGGACCACCCACUUCCUAUUAUUUAUUUUCCAACAUUAUUUAUUUAUGAAUAAUUCUCUUACUUGUGGUAGGCUGUGACAUAGCAGUGUCUAUGGAGGGCGUGUGUUUCCAUCAGUCCAGUUGUCUGAGCUACUCUUUCAUCUAGUGAACCUUUGAAGAAAUUUUACCUACAGGGACAUUUGAUGUAACACCCACUUGAAAUAAAGUAAAAAUUCUGUUAUCCCAUUUUUUUUUAUGCAGAAUAUUUUCAUGGUAUGCUAAGUGGUUGGCUGCCCUCUGAUGUGUGGAAAACUAUGGAGUUCAAAAGAUUGUGUGAGUGUAGUUUUCUUAUGCCAUCAGUAAAGAUUUCCUCUUUCAGUUGCUGUUACAACCUGUGCUCUGGUUUCAUAUUUGCUAUCGAUUUGUUUCCAUUGCAGCAGUUGCCAUUUUUUUUCCAUUCAUAUGAUUUUCUCUUGCUUUACUUUAAUUGUUACAUGUUGUCAGUUUCAUUUAUCUGUUCUUUUUUUUAAAUUUAUUGCAAUUAAAGCUGUAAUAUUUAAAAAGAAAGACUCAACUAAAAAGUGAGGCUGGUGUUCUGUAUGUUUCAUAUUAACAAAUCCUUUGAAAAGACCACAACAAUCACCUGGCUCUGCUGAUGAAACACACAAAUAAUCCUAACCCUAACUCUAUCCCACAAAAUAAUGUAGUUAAAAAAAACAGCUCCAUCAUUUUCUAAAACAGCUGUUUUCUAGUUUUCAAUAUACAUUACUCGACCAAGGAGAAAUAGUGUGUUUGUUGGGGACUAUUUUCAGUGGUGGAUUAAUCUGCAUUUGGAACUCUAGUGAGUAAUUGUGGCAGCAGGAGAGUGUGUGUGGGACUGAGUGAAAAUGAUGUGUUUUUAAUGGAGCACUAUGGCAUAGAGGAAGAAUAUAUAUCAGACUUUCAUACAUCUUUGGAGGAAGAUUUACAUUUUUUGUGUUGGGAUUUGUUCAUAAUUUUAAAAAAUGAAACUGCCAGCCUUCUCACACAAGACACUCUGUAACACAUUUUAACAGGUAGCACAUUUGUACAGAAGUGUAACAUGAAGUUGUUAUGAACAAAGUGUUUCCUUUCAGAGAGUCAAAACAAUCUUGCCUGAUGUGAUGUUCUAUGUAAUGUGCUGUAUAUUUCUGUGUUUGGCAUGUAUUAUGAGGCAGUGUACAGUGGCAGACAGGAUGACGUGUGCUUCACAGGGUUCUCAUACCGAUUUUUUACCUGUCAGCAUAAUUAUAACAACCUCAUAACAAAUUUGCUUGACUGUGCUACUGUUGUAAUACAAAGCAGCACGUUUGUUAAAGUAAGAAUUAUUUUUCUGGUCCUGGAGGGUAACUCCAGGACUAUCAGGACAGUGGGGACCCUGACUCCAUCACAGCCAACUUUGUCAUCACAGAGCACACACACUUGUGCUGCAUAGAUGUAAAAAACACACAUACACACUUGAUUUAAUCACACGUGAUAUAGUUUUUUCUUUAUUUAUUAGUACUUCAGGCUUCUCUUUUUUCUCACUGUAGAAACCAGUGUAGAAACUUUUGUUUGCUUGCAGGCAGUUUUUCCGUUUCAAAUGUGUUAUAACAAAAAGUGAUUGUACUGUUCUGUAUUGUUCUGUAGGGGAAGUGUUAUUUUAAAUAAAGCAUUCAGGGUUUUAAAAA